AUGUCUACGCCCCACGAGCAUGAUCCGAUCACGCCGGCUUACUUGGCCUUGAAGAAGCUUUAUCUAGAACUCGAAAUACAGGGCAUCGUCUCGAUUCAGGUAUUACAGGCGGGUAUACUAAUCGCACUGUUUGAACUAGGACAUGCUAUAUUUCCUUCUGCGGUCGUUUCUGUGGAGGCUUCUGUCAGGUAUGGGCAGGAAUUAGGCAUCAACUGGGGUGCGAAAUUUCCAGAAAAGAAACCGUUUUCAUGGGUAGAUAUAGAAGAGCAGAAUAGAGUAUGGUGGGCAAUUGUAAUCUUGGACCGGUUCAUCAAGAUAGGUUAUCAAAGACGGCAAUUCUUGAUCGAGCACCCAUCCCCAGAUAUUCCCUUGCCAUCUGAUGAUCUAGCUUUCGAUGAAGGGGUCAUGCCUCCAGCAAGCCUAGGAAUCCUUCAUUCCCGCUCCCCUGGAAAGCUAGGCCGUUUUGCAAUGACAGCAGAAGCAACGCGACUCCUCGGACAAGUGCUAGAUCACAUGGCCUCAAACGACUUCGGCACGCCCCCGCACGGCGAACAAGCCCUGCUUCUGAACAACGCGCUCCGGGCAUUAGAGAACGUCCUCGCAUACGAAGGCCGUUAUGACAGUCUGAUCAUCAUGAACCAGACAGCCAUGUGCUCCAUUGCCAUGUUACUCCUCCACGAAGCCCACUGUUCACGGAAAUCCAGCAUGUCCAACCAUUUCAACGUCGUCCACCUCAGCGCGAAAACAACCGAAAUCGUGCGCAUCUCGAGCGAAAAGGGGCCGGAGAGACAAGAUGUGCAUCCCUUCGUCUCGUGCGUCAAAGAAGCCUCGCCCUUUCUCACAACGCUGUUGUAUCAGACUGCGAUUUCAAACUUGCGCUUGUAUCGAGAGAAUGGGACGCAGGAGACGUUGGAUUCGCUGUUGCUAUUGAAAGAUGCGUUGAGGUUUUUUGGCGAGCAGAGGUGGAGAGCUGGAGGAGCGUACUUGAUAGUUCUGGAGGCAAGGGAAGUAUCGCAAAUCUCAACAUGA